GGGACAGAUGUCUUGGGAUCUUUAACAUUUGGGAUGCUGCAAAUGCCGAAGUUAAAUGAAAUACCUCCGGGGAGGAGGGAAGGCCGGGGGAAGACGUGGGGAGUGGGAAGAUGGCCUGGACAGACAGCUCCUGAAGCUGGGAGGCAGGCGCGGGGGGCGCGGGGGCAGGAUCCCUGGGACAGCUGGGGGAAUUCCAGGCUACCUACGCAUCCUGUUCCAGACCAGGACCGGUGUUGCCCUUCCCUACUCUGUGCCCCCUCCUCCCAGAAAUCCACCAUGGAGAGUAAGGAUGAGGUCAGCGACACUGACAGUGGCAUCAUCCUGCAGUCUGGCCCGGACAGCCCCGUCUCCCCAAUGAAGGAGCUGACCCACGCUGUGCGCAAGCAGCAGAGGGCCCUCGAGGCGCGACUGGAGGCCUGCCUGGAGGAGCUGCGGAGACUCUGCCUGCGGGAGGCGGAGCUGACGGGCACCUUGCCAGCAGAAUAUCCUCUCAAACCAGGGGAAAAGGUCCCCAAGGUCCGUCGCAGGAUUGGGGCAGCCUACAAGCUGGAUGAGUGGGCCUUGCACCGAGAGGACCCCCUGAGCGGCCUAGAGCGCCAGCUGGCCCUGCAGCUGCAGAUCACCGAGGCAGCCCGGAGGCUGUGCUCAGAGCAGAACCUCAGCAGGCAGGCCCGCCGGCAGCGGAAGCACGUGGCCCUGCAGGAGGAGAAGAAGCUGCGGGAGCUCCAGCACCGUCUGGGCGAGAGGCGAAGCAGCCAGCCCGCUCCCGCCACUGUACCCGCGCUGGGCCGAGAGCUCAGUGCCUCAGAUGAUAGCUCCCUGUCUGAUGGGCUACUCCUGGAGGAAGAGGACUCCCAAGUGCCAAAACCUCCUCCAGAGUCCCCAGCCCUGCCUUCCCGGCCUCUCCCACCCCAGAGCCUGGAGGGACUGCAACCAGCAGGACCUGAGCCUGGGGGUCUGGAGCGGGCUCCAAUCCAGAACAGCCCUUGGAAGGAGACCAGCCUCGACCACCCCUAUGAGAAGCCUAGGAAGUCUUCUGAGCCCAGUAGUGAGUCCAGCAGCCCGGCCACCACACCACAGGACGGGCCCAGUGCCUCCAGCCUAUGGCUGCCGGAGCCUGCCUCCUACACUGUGGUUCCCCUCCGCAGCACUCCUGGCCAGCGGCAGGGCCGGACCAGUGCUCCCGCCACCCCUGAGAUGCAGGGAAGGAGGGGCCAGUCGCAGUCUCUGAGGGUGGAUUCCUUCCGCGCAGGUGCAGAGGGCCGAGGCCGCAGCGCCUUUCCUCGUCGCCGCCCCACUCACUACACUGUGACCGUGCCAGAUUCCUGCUUCUCCCCAAGCAAGCCCCCGCUGCCCCACCCUGCCUGCCACUCCUGCUCAGAAGACAGUGGCUCCGAUGUCUCCAGCAUCUCCCACCCCACCUCCCUGGGCAGCAGCAGCCCCGACAUCUUCCUGAGGCCUCUCUGUCCACCCGAGCCAUCUCGCCACCGUGGGUGGGGCCCGGCCUGUGGCAGAGAGCUGGCCACCCACUACCCCAAGCUGCUGCUGCCUGCCGGCUACUUCCCGGCAGGGCGGUACGUGAUGGUGGCCGAGGGCCACCUGCCGCCGGGCGAGUGGGAGCUGUGCCGGGCUGCGUACGAGGAGGAGGGCGCGCCUCUGCGCUACCAGCGCCUGGUGCCCUCCCACAGCCGCAUCGUGCGGACGCCCUCCCUGAAGGACAGCCCCGCAGGCCGGGGGCUCAGCAAGGCCGCGGUCUCCGAGGAGCUCAAGUGGUGGCAUGAGCGGGCCCGCCUACGGAACAGUCGCCCCCACUCGCUCGACCGCCAAGGGGCUUUCCGGGUCAGGAGCCUGCCCCCGGGGAGAGAGGGCUUCGGGCGAGCCCUGGGGCCCCGGACGCAGGUGCCCACAGUGUGUGUGCUCCGGAGGUCGGCCGAGGGGGCUCCUGUGCAAGUCUUUGUCCCUGAGAAUGGAGAGAUCAUCAGCCAGGUGUAACUGUGCUCCGGAUGCCUCAGCCACCGCUGGAAAAGACUUGUUCUAUGGUGGGGCUGGGGCUGUGACCCCUCACCUUGAGUGCCUCCUUCAGUUCCCCACCCCCAUCGCAGGCCGAUGACCUGGAGCUGAGACUUCUCUUUUUUUCUUUUUUUUACACAAGUUUUUUUCAGAAGCUCUGACUUGAGGAUUUAUAUCUGUGAUUUGUCAUCAAGGUCCCUAUAAUAUGAUUAGGCUUUAACCCCCCAUAGUCUGGCCUCUUGGACUUAAGACCCUCCCUGUCUGCUGAUAGAACUUGUCUCCUUAUGCAAGACGAGUGGCAGAGAGGGCCACCCUGGGGAGUCCUCAAAUGCUCUGUGCUCCGUUUCUGAGAAGAAACAGUUCCUGGCCCUCUUAUUUCCUUAUUGCUAGAGGCUGGACAUGGCACAUGCUUGUGUACAGGACGUUCCCUGGUUUUCCAGGUCUCUGGGUACCAUAAACUGGGAGACUCCUUCUCCCUUUAUAAUGUGCUCUGUGAUGCACACCAAACGGCAGGUGAAAGGGCAGUGUAUCCUGACGGAGUUUUGUCUUCCUGGACCCUGCUAUUUUCCUGACCCCACAGAUCUCCUUUAGGGACCCCAAUCACUAUCCCCACUUUAUGCCCUGGGCUGCCAGACCUCUGAGCCUUACGUUGGAGGCUGUAUCAGAUUGUAGCUUGAGAGGCUGGGCUGGGUGCUGGCGUGCUGUGGUGGUUGCUGAGGAGCAACUCACCCCAGGACAGCCACUUCUGAGAGGGCCACUGUCCCACUCCUCCCUCUCACAUCUUUUCGUCAUGGUCCCAGAAACCAAUACCUGUUUACAAACAUUUCUGGGAAGACACCACUUUUGUGGCACUGUCAGGACCACGAUUGGGAGGGGUGACCUUGCUUCUGUCCUGAGAGUCUUUGUACACAUAUGGGAGAUGCUGGAGAGGACUUUAAUAAAUUGUCCCAGCUGCUGAGACAGAGCGAUCCUGGAAGUUGCCUGUGCUAAGACCACCGACAGUCCUCGAGUUCUCGUCCUCGGGCCUCCUGUGCUGCCUGGUCAGAUACCCAGGUGCACAUCUUGCCUCAAUAAGAAAGCAACUAGAAGGGGUAGGGGAGCUGCACUUCCAGUUCACCUGUGCAGGAUGCUCCCCUGCAAGUUCCCUGGCCUGGAACAGAGACUGUGAUUAUAGCAAAAGACUCCAAGAAUUUUGACGCCCAACCCCAAAGGCGCAGUUCCCCCAUGGGAGAAAGUGGUGUAGCACAUUGCUCAAGGGUGCUGAGGGAAGAACCAGGAUGGCCCUCAGAGGAGCGUGGGGGAGGGGAGGAGCCUGUGAGAUGCCCGAGGCAUUUCUUCCUGUGCUCUUAGCACAUCCUGCUAUUGUCCCCACCUGGGGUCCAUUCUCCCCCCUUAUGUUUAAAUGCCCUACUUUGGCUUGUCUGUAAGCCCCUUUCUCCAGUGUGCAACUCACCCCAUCUCCCCUACACCUCCCAGUGUCCUCCCUGGAGCCCCGCUUCCUAGGCUGAGCUAAGAGACCUCUGAGCAGCCUUGAUAAUAACUUAUUGGUCCUACGUAAAACCUCUGGUGCAGUUGCAAAGUGGCCUCUGGAACUGUAUGUGUCUCAGUGCCAAAUACAUCAAUAAAGUCUGUUCUUUGUG